GAGCACGAGUUGGUAAGCCAUGGAAUUCGGGAGAUCAAGCCACACUGCUUAAAACAUCACAUGAUCUCCCUCUGGCCCCGUAUUUCAUAAAACAGAGCGGAUCGCAGGAGGCCGCCGACACUGUGACUCCUGGUGGAUGGGACUGGGGAGUCAGACAGAGUCAAGCCCUGACUGGUUGCAGGCGCUCGGAGUCAGCAUGGAAAGUCUCUGCGGGGUCCUGGGAUUUCUGCUGCUGGCUGCAGGACUGCCUCUCCAGGCGGCCAAGCGAUUUCGUGAUGUGCUGGGCCAUGAACAGUAUCCCGAUCACAUGAGAAAGCACAACCAAUUACGUGGCUGGUCUUCGGAUGAAAAUGAAUGGGAUGAACACCUGUAUCCCGUGUGGAGGAGGGGAGACGGCAGGUGGAAGGACUCCUGGGAAGGAGGCCGUGUGCAGGCAGUCCUGACCAGUGACUCACCUGCCCUGGUGGGUUCCAAUAUCACCUUUGUGGUGAACCUGGUGUUCCCCAGAUGCCAGAAGGAAGAUGCCAACGGCAAUAUCGUCUAUGAGAAGAACUGCAGGAAUGAUUUGGGGCUGACUUCUGACCUGUAUGUCUACAACUGGACUGCAGGGGCAGAUGACAGUGACUGGGAAGAUGGCUCCAGCCGAAGCCAGCAUCUCAGGUUCCCAGACAGGAGGCCCUUCCCUCGCCCCCAUGGAUGGAAGAAAUGGAGCUUUGUCUACGUCUUUCACACACUUGGUCAGUAUUUCCAAAAACUGGGUCGGUGUUCAGCACGAGUUUCUAUAAACACAGUCAACUUGACAGCUGGCCCUCAGGUCAUGGAAGUGACUGUCUUUCGAAGAUACGGCCGGGCAUACAUUCCCAUCUCGAAGGUGAAAGAUGUGUAUGUGAUAACAGAUCAGAUCCCUGUAUUCGUGACCAUGUCCCAGAAGAAUGACCGGAACUUGUCUGAUGAGAUCUUCCUCAGAGACCUCCCCAUCGUCUUCGAUGUCCUCAUUCAUGAUCCCAGCCACUUCCUCAACGACUCUGCCAUUUCCUACAAGUGGAACUUUGGGGACAACACUGGCCUGUUUGUCUCCAACAAUCACACUUUGAAUCACACUUAUGUGCUCAAUGGAACCUUCAAUCUUAACCUCACCGUGCAAACUGCAGUACCUGGGCCAUGCCCUCCGCCUUCGCCUCCACCUCCACCUUCAUCUCCGCCCUCACCUCUGCCCACAUUAUCAACACCUAGCCCCUCCUUAAUGCCUACUGGUUACAAAUCCAUGGAGCUGAGUGACAUUUCCAAUGAAAACUGCCGAAUAAACAGAUAUGGCUACUUCAGAGCCACCAUCACAAUUGUAGAGGGGAUCCUGGAAGUCAGCAUCAUGCAGAUAGCAGAUGUCCCCAUGCCCACACCGCAGCCUGACAGCUCCCUGAUGGACUUCACUGUGACCUGCAAAGGGGCCACCCCCAUGGAAGCCUGUACGAUCAUCUCCGACCCCACCUGCCAGAUCGCCCAGAACCGGGUCUGCAGCCCUGUGGCUGUGGAUGGGCUGUGCCUGCUGUCUGUGAGAAGAGCCUUCAAUGGGUCUGGCAUCUACUGUGUGAAUUUCACUCUGGGAGAUGAUGCAAGCCUGGCCCUCACCAGCACCCUGAUCUCUAUCCCUGGCAAAGACCCAGGCUCCCCUCUGAGAGCAGUGAAUGGUGUCCUGGUCUCCAUCGGCUGCCUGGCUGUGUUUGUCACCAUGGUUACCAUCUUGCUGUACAAAAAACAAAAGGCGUACAAGCCAAUAGGAAACUGCCCCGGGAACACGGUCAAGGGCAAAGGCCUGAGUGUUCUCCUCAGCCACGCGAAAGCCCCGUUCUUCCGAGGAGGCCAGGAGAAGGAUCCAUUGCUCCAGGACAAGCCAAGGAUGCUCUGAAUCUUUUGCCUUCCCUCUGACCAGGAACCCACUCUUCUGUACAUUUAUGUGAGCUGUGCAGAAGUACGUGACUAGGAACUGUUGUUCUCUAAGGAUUAUUGUAAAAUGUAUAUCAUGGCUUAGGGAGUGUGGUUAAAUAGCAUUUUAGAGAAGACACGGGAAGACUUAGUGCUUCUUCCCAUCUGUAUUGUGGUUUUUACACUGUUCAUGGGGUGGACACACUGUGUCUGAAGCAGGAGGGGGGGGGUCACUGCUACUUAAGGUCCUAGGUUAACUGGGGGAGAUACCACAGAUGCCUCAGCUUUCCACAUAACAUGGGCAUGAAACCAGCUAUUCACCACCUGAAGGCCAUGCUUCAUCUGUCCUCCAACUCACUGAACAUGCCUGAGCUCCUGACAAAAUUAUAAUGGGCCCGGGCUUUGUGUAUGGUGCGUGUGUGUACAUAUUCUACUCAUUAAAAAGGUAGCCUAA